AUGGAUGCUCAGUAUUAUUGUAAGAUUGGUAUUGGAACUCCCUCUCAAAAGUUCACUGUGAUCUUUGAUACUGGAAGUUCUAAUCUAUGGGUGCCUUCUUCAAAGUGCUACUUUUCAGUGAAUUUUGACUUUUCUAAUUCAAGAUUUCUCUCAAUCUAUAGCUUCAAUCACGUGCUUAUAAUUCUUGAUAUGGAUAUAGGGACAUCUGCUGCUAUUCAAUAUGGAACUGGAGCUAUCUCUGGUAUCUUUAGCCAAGACUCUGGCCAACUUGGUAAUCUUGUUGUUAAAGCACAGGAUUUUAUAGAGGCAACAAAAGAACCUGGCAUCACUUUCUUUGCAGCCAAGUUUGAUGUACCCUCCAUCAGGGCCAAGUGGGGAGGGGGGGGGCAGCUUGGUAAUCGUGUGACUUCUGGGCCACUUGCAAAUGAGUCUGCUGAAACAUCAGCAUUCUCCCCAUUGAUUGGAAGAAAAGUGAGAACCAGAUGGCCUGAUGACAACAAUUUUUAUGCUGGAAAAAAUAUACUUUCAGGGUCAGCAUGCACUAGUUUAUGA